CGUGCGCCAGUCAGUUCAGCUCAAUAUUGCAGCAAUGCCAAUUUCCACGAUCGUCAUAUAAUCGAACUCCGACACAGAUCCGUGAACACUUGUCAGUACGUGACAUAGUUAGUCACAUAUUGCGAGCAUGCAAACUCUUCGGUGCAUUCAUCGUGCGGUUGCAGGCCCAGGUCCAUCGCGUCCAGUCCAAUCAAUAACUAGGCAUACUCCUCCUCACCUUGCUCCGAAAACCCAUGAGCUUCCCGAAAACAUCUCCGCCGGGAUAAGGCAAUUCCGUCGACUUUGUAGUGUCGAACGACCUGUCACCGCUCUUCCUGGUCCUCCAUUACAUCGAACAUUACCCAAGGGCCGCCGGAAACGCGGGCGCACAUACUCUGGUGAAGGUCUUGUUGAAGAGCCUGGAGGUAUAUGGGACUGGGUAGUCACUGCGCAAGUGAAAGAAGGCACCGAAAAUCGAGGAUCGAUAGAAGCUGUCGUACGUCAAGUGCGAAAAACUCUGUUGUCUAUGGACCCACCGCUGCCUCUUCCACCCAAUUCUAAGCGGAGGAUGCUCAAUGGGUGGGCUAUGAUUGAUGCAGGCAAAUUUGCAGUCCAUAUACUAAGCCGCGAUGCGCGGCGGAAAUAUUUUGAAAGAUCAACUGCCGAGUGGUAGUUUAGCGAUACGCUAGCCAUUGUUCAAUCUGCCCUUCUAAUGUUACAGAAUUUCAAUGCAUGGCGCAACGACUUAUAUCCACUGCAUUCACCAUACUGUAGAGCUACAAUCAUAACUUUGCACCCUUUUGGGUGUGACCGA